GUCAUCGAGGCAUGUCGAACAACGACACAUGUCAUGGAAGGAUUGGUGCUAUAUAUUCAAUCCAAUGUUCCCAAACUACCAACAACAACAAUACUCUCUUCUUCACGACAUCAUCUAGAAGCUUCUUUCAUUUGUCAUCUAUCACUGUAACAGUUGCUUGUUUUCUCUCUAUUCAUAAUCCAUGGCGGGUUCUUCAUCCCAAAUUACUGUCCUCGUUACCGGAGCUGGUGGUCGCACAGGACAAAUUGUGUACAAAAAAUUAAAAGAGAAGCGAGACCAAUAUAUCGCCAGAGGUCUAGUUAGAACAGAAGAAAGCAAACAGAAAAUUGGCGGUGCAGAUGAUAUUUUCAUUGGGGAUAUCAAAGAUGCCGAAAGUAUCGUUCCUGCAAUACAAGGUAUAGAUGCUCUCAUAAUUCUCAGCAGUGCAGUCCCACAAAUGAAACCUGGGUUUGAUCCAACCAAAGGUGGAAGGCCUGAGUUUUAUUUUGAUGAUGGUGCAUAUCCUGAACAGGUUGAUUGGAUUGGACAGAAAAAUCAAAUUGAUGCUGCUAAGGCUGCAGGAGUGAAGCAUAUUGUGUUGGUUGGGUCUAUGGGUGGAACAAACCCUAACCAUCCUUUGAACAGUUUGGGAAAUGGAAAUAUAUUGGUUUGGAAAAGAAAAGCUGAAGAAUAUCUCGCCAAUUCGGGUGUUCCAUACACGAUCAUAAGACCUGGUGGCUUGCUUGAUAAAGAUGGAGGUCUUCGGGAAUUCAUUGUAGGGAAGGACGAUGAACUUCUCAAGACUGAAACCAAAACUAUACCUAGAGCUGAUGUUGCAGAGGUCUGCGUUCAGGUACUUAAUUAUGAGGAGACUAAAUUCAAGGCAUUUGACUUGGCAUCAAAACCUGAGGAUGCAGGUGCACCAACAAAGGACUUCAAGGCUUUGUUUUCCCAAAUCACUUCUCGUUUUUGAUUUUGAAUGUGGUUGUCAUGGUUUAAGUGAUUAUUGUAUUUUCUUAAUAAAUAAUAAAUAAAUGAAAUAAAUAAAUAAAUAAAUAUGAUUUUUGUAUAAGAAUUGGUUUGAAACCCAAAGUCAUUAGUGCUGAAGCAAAUUACUUUGCCUCAAGAAAUAAGUAAGAUAGAUAUAUUGCAAAUCAUAUACGUCAAUGUUGCCAUUGAGAAAAUUUCGUGUUUGGUGCUUUUCAUAUAAAUAAAGUUUCAUUUUGUUUUGUAGAA